AGGAGGGGACCCACGAGUGUGGUUGAGAGCUAGCUAUACGGGCGGCAGAGCGGGGGCGAGACGGGGGAAUAGGAAUUGCGGGUAAGAGCUAUUUCCCCCGAGCCUCCUCACAGGCAGGGGAGAUGCUCCAGUGCCUGCCUAUGGAAGAAGAGGAAGGGACAGACUCAGAAGAGAAAGAGGACGGUUCUAUAGAAGAUUCGAAAGAAAGCAUCACCAUGGCUUUUGUGAGAGAGAACACUGGGGCUCAAAGGGGGCUUCAGAGUGCCCAUCAGCAAGGCAAGAAGAAGAGGAAGAAAAAGAGAUGAUUGGUGAUCAAUCUAUCCAGCUGCCGAUAUGAGAGUGUGCGUAGGGCCGCCCAACAGUAUGGCCUUCGAGAGGGAGGAGAAAAUGACGACUGGACUCUCUACUGGACUGACUUCUCAGUGUCACUGGAACGGGUGAUGGAAAUGAAAAGUUACCAGAAAAUCAAUCACUUCCCAGGGAUGAGUGAAAUCUGCCGCAAGGACUUGCUGGCCAGGAAUAUGAGCCGCAUGUUGAAGAUGUUCCCAAAAGAUUUCCACUUUUUCCCGAGGACCUGGUGUCUUCCUGCUGACUGGGGAGAUUUGCAGAACUACAGCAGGUCAAGAAAAAAUAAGACUUACAUCUGUAAGCCGGACUCGGGCUGCCAAGGGAAAGGUAUAUUCAUCACCCGAACAGUGAAAGAAAUCAAACCAGGGGAGGAUAUGAUCUGUCAGCUCUAUAUCUCAAAGCCCUUUAUCAUUGAUGCGUUCAAGUUCGACUUACGGAUUUAUGUGCUCAUGACAUCCUGUGACCCCCUCAGGAUUUUUGUUUACAGUGAAGGACUGGCACGCUUCGCCACCACCUCUUACUCCCAUCCCUGCACAGACAACCUGAAUGAUAUCUGCAUGCACCUGACUAAUUAUUCCAUUAAUAAGCACAGUGCCAAUUUCCUUCAAGAUGCUCACUCUGGCAGCAAGAGGAAGCUCUCCACCUUCAACACGUACAUGGAGAGCCAUGGCUACAACGUGGCGCAGAUCUGGAGAGACAUUGAGGACAUUAUUAUCAAGACGAUCAUCUCGGCCUACCCCAUCAUCAAGCAUAACUACCACACCUGCUUUCCCCACCACACACUCAACAGUGCCUGUUUUGAAAUCCUGGGCUUUGACAUUUUGUUAGAUCACAAACUCAAGCCCUGGCUGCUGGAGGUAAACCACUCUCCGAGCUUCUCCACUGACUCCUGGUUGGAUAAAGAGGUAAAGGAUAGUCUGCUGUACGACACUCUGGUCCUGAUCAACCUGAGAAGCUGUGACAAAAAGAAGGUCUUGGAGGAGGAGAGACAGCGGGGGCAGUUCCUACAGCAGUGUCGUUCUCGGGAGACCAGGAAAGAGGAAGUCAAGGGCUUUCAGGCCGUGCGAGUAGAGAAAACUGAGAAGUAUGAGAAGGAAAACUGUGGAGGGUUCCGCCUGAUUUAUCCCACUGUGAAUUCGGAGAAGUAUGAGAAGUUUUUCCAGGACAACAACUCCCUCUUCCAGAAUACAGUUACCUCCAGGGCUCGGGAGGUCUAUGCCCGGCAGCUGAUCCAGGAGCUGAGACUGAAACAAGAGAAAAAAUCCUUCCAAAUGAAACAGAAGAGGGUAGACAUGCAGGAGGAAUCGGCAGGCGAGCAAGCGAGAGGCAAGAGCUGGCAGAGCAGGCGAGAGAAACAACAGCAGAAAUGCAAGACCACCACCAGCCAGACCUCCAAACAAUAUCUCCAGCCAUUGAUGUUGGUGUCCGGUGCAUCUGACUUGCUCUCGAGUGUCAGACACACAGAGAAAAAUGAAGCAGAUAGCAGCCUUGACCAGGAGACCCCCGAAGAGGAGGCUGAUCCAGCACUCUGUAAGCCUUCAUCUUCAAGGCCUUACAGCUCUGUACCUGACUUGAGAAAUUCAAGCCUUCUCAGCUGCUCCAGGCCAGAGCUCAGUAAACCCAUCUCCAAAAUGAAGGAAGCCAAGUCUAGCUCUGCAGUGAACACGAUCGCCGGCAUUGUGCCUCUAACUUCAGUAGAAGCCUUCCCAGAAUCCACCACCCAGGUCUCAGAUACCCCUGAAUGUCUGCUGAAUGUGACUAUGACAGCCAGCUCUGAGUGUAGCGGCCCAAAGAUGGACAGGGUGGCCUCCUUUAAAUGCAAGCCACAGCAGGUGCCUUGGUACCUCAUCCCAGAAAAAGUAUCAAACAGUUUUCUGCCUACAAAAUGCCAGAGCUUCUCGUGGAGUCCGAACCCAAGCUGGACUUUGCUAAAGAAUGGCCUAAAGAAGCAGCAUCCUAUGUCAGAGCUGUUCACCAAGGUUCAACUGAGACAGAAGCUGUCUUUGUUCCCAGCUCACUACAACCCAAAGCUGGUGCUGAGUGACCAGUCACAAAACCCCUCCCUGCUCCGCGAGUCCUACUUUUGUAGCCGAAGCUCUGGUGAGAAGAGGCAGCUGGAUGUGCCCUCCUUCCUCUUCUUAGAGAAUUCUCACGGCCAUGAUGUUUCCCUGAAAGACCUCCUGGUGGUUGCCACUCCAGCCCGACUGGACCCAAGGCCUGGCAGAAGCCAUACAGGUGCUUUGAAAGACCUGUUUAUGCAGGAUCAGGAAGCAUACAGUCACUACCUGAUCUCUGGCCAAAGAGGAUGUGAGAGGAACUAG